AUGGCGACUGAAGAGGAUAUUGCCUGGUUCAAGUCGACAUUCCAUCCUAUUCCAAAACCAGAGCUUCCGGACGACUCUGUCGAAUAUUGGAUUUAUCACUUUCCCUCCCCGCCCCCGCCGUUAUCGAUGAAGCCGCCGAGACUAGGGCCCGAUUGCUCGAAGUGCAGCCGCGAAAGUUUCCGGUUGGAGAUUAUUAAAGAAAAUGGGAGUACCUCGCUAAUUGGGCGCACCAACUAUGGCGAUUCGAUCGAAGAUGAAUGGGUCAUUGUGUACAUACUCCGCGAAUUGACGAAGAGGCACAAAGAUAUCUGGGUCAAAGUUGUCGACAGCGAUGGGGAGUUCCUACUCAUCGAGGCUGCUGGCACUCUUCCCGCAUGGCUAGAGCCAGAAGUUGCAGACAACAGGGUUUGGAUAAACCAAGGAGAACUCCGAAUUAUCAAACCCAAGCAAGCCCCCGGGAAAAAAGUUACAGAAAAACUUACACUCUCGGAAGCACAAAAUAUUAUCCAAAAAGAGCCCAGUCGUUUCAUUCGCUCCACAAUCAUUCAAGAGGAGGCAUUUUACCGCUUGCGCAACUACCCUAAACAAAUUUCCGAAAACCUUCACUCAGCAGUAGUGACGAUUCCUCGCAAGGUCGCAUUUCUCUUGCACCAAAAACCGGCAUACAUAUCCCCUGCAGUGGAAGCAUUUUACAUUCGUGAUCCGAUUGCGUUGAAACCGUUGCGCGCAAAAGAUGCUUCUGACCUUACUUUCAAGCCUGAGGAUAUGGUGACUGUGAGCGUUCGCUUCACACGAGUGGGAUAUGCCCAAAUAAAGAGCCAGGAGUUCCCAGUUCCAAGCAGCUGGGCAGGCAAGCUGCCGGCAAUUGACGACCAGAAAGAAUACGCCCGGGCCGAAACAGGAAUGAAGCUUGCUUGCGGAUUCGAGAUGCUGCUUUAUGAUCCUCAUCACCAAGACAAGGCUUCUGUUCGAGAGAUGAAGCUGCUGUUGGGUGAUAUUGAAACCGGAGACGAGGAACUCCCUACAAAUGAAGAAAUAGAUAGGAUCUGGGAUAAGACCGAAGAUGAUGAGAAAUGGAUGGACAUCAAUUUUGAGGAUCUUGACCGAGAGCUGAAAGGAAAAGGCAAAAGCAGCGAGAAUACAGCUGGUGAUUUUGGCGAUGCAAGUGCCCAGGAAAAUUUGCAACGCAUUGUGGCUCGCUUCGAGGAAUUCUUGAACGACACCUCGGCGGGCUUCGACGGAGCCGACUUUAUUGAUGACUUUGGUUCUGACUCUGAUAUCGACGACGAUGAGGAGGAUGACUUUAGCGAUGAUGGAGAAGAUAAGGAUGCCUCUUUUGAUGAAGAAGAAUUUGCUCAAAUGAUGAAAGAGAUGAUGGGCAUGCCAGGCCCCGGCCAGGGCCCAUCUCUAGCCACACCCUUGCGUAACCGAAUCCAAGAGCUUGAAGAAGAGGACGACACUGAGCAGAUCCAGGAGCUUUCUAAACAGAUGGAAGCAGAACUCAGAGGAACCGGAGUCCUCAAUCUGAAUCAACAGCAGCAGAAGCUUGCUUCUGGGAACAGUUCCUCCAAAGGAAAGGUAGCUGAUGGAUCGGAUGUUGCUGGCGGGCCCGAAGAGGAUGAAAAUAUAAACAUCAAUCUCGCGAGGAACUUGCUAGAAUCUCUUCAAGGACAGGCCGGUACUGCGGGUCCAGCUGGCAACAUGCUGUCGAUGAUGAACCUUCGUAUGCCGAAGGACGAUCGUACCUGA